UUGUGUGUGAAACACUCAUCACUACACUACAGUUGAUCUAAAUACAAAGUACUUAUUGGGUCUUGUCAGUGGUGUCACUUGUGUGGGAGUCAUUUUUCAGCUCUGUCUGUGGUUUUCCUGAGUGAAUCGGAGAGUGAAAAGUGAUCUGUAGUUUGUGUAGUCAGAAAAACCAGUUUAGCUUUUAAAGGACUUCAGGACAUUUACAUUUUUAUGCUUUUAUCAUGGCUGGACAUCUGCUGAUACUCAUCCUCACAUAUUUAGCUUUUGAAGUAAAAGGACAAGUUCUUCGUGCACCUAAACUGUUGGUUGAUCCUCCAGUGAUCACAGAGAAAGCCACAGUUACAUUAAACUGUCAGACUCCAUCACCUGUAUCUGAGUGUUUCUACAUUAUUGGAGGAAAACCUGCUAAACAGUUUUCAUGUCUGAAGAAACUGACAGGAACUGAGCUGUUGUCAAUUGUGGAACAAAGUCCACCAACUGAGAUUAAAGUAAAAUGUUUUUACCUUCAAACAUCUGCAUCGCCACACAGUGACUCAUUCUCCAUCACCAUUCAACCUCUUUUUCCACCUACACUGAUCAUUGAUCCUCCAGUGAUCGCAGAGACAGACUCAGUUACAUUAAACUGUCAGACUCCUUCAUCUGUGUCUGUAUCCAGGUGUUAUUUCUACACAUUAAGUGGAAGAAUUUUAGGAGACUCAUCAUGUGUACAGACACUGAAAGGGGCUGAACUGAUGGUGAAUAAACAUCUUCCUGCUGAAGUUAAACUAAAAUGUUAUUACACUGUAAACCACGGGGAGGCUGAUUCUCCGUCUCCUCACAGUGCCUUUACAUCUGUCACUGUACAAAGUCAAAAACCACACAUAACUGUUCAUCGUGAUGAAAGUUUUGUCAUUGUGUGUUCACUACCUGGAUCUGUGAAGGAUGACACACGAUGUAACCUGUACUUUGGAGAAUCAACUCGUCCCCAAAUAACAGCAACUACCUGGGGAAGAAAGACCUCAAACAAACAGAGGAUCUGCCAGUUUUUUAUCCCAGUGAAUGAAUUGUUGAGAUACCUUGAUGUAGUCCAGAAGAAAGAUGUGAGCUGUGAUUACAGUUUGUCAGACAGCUCUGUGUCUCCUCGUAGUGAUGGAUUCAGUUUGACUGAUAUUGUCAACACAGAGUCCAACAAGAAACCAGGUCUCACAAUGACACCAGAACUAGUGACUGAUUUCACAAACAUACCGACCUCUGAUGCAUCUCCUCUAAACCCAACAUCAGAAUACAACACUACAGAAAUAAUGACUGAUCCCACCAUCAGUCUGACCUCUGCUGCUCCUCCAUAUCCAACAUCAGAACACAAACCUACAGAAACAUGGAUGUGGAAUUUGCUGGUAGUUGUAGGUGUUUGUGAGGGAUCUGUGGGCGUCGUCUUGCUGGGAUUGAUGGCUCUGUUCGCUCAGAAAUGUAUUGGUCAAGGAGCAGCAUCGCUGAUGAAUGCAAAUAUGACUGUGGAUAUGUGCCAGGUGACAACUUUGGAAUGGCUGAUUAUGAUGAAAUUUACAGUGUUGUCACCUAUGAAUCAAAGAUUACUGGUAAGGAUAACAAAUACAAUCAGAAUCACACCAGAGGAGGGAGCUCAUCAGUCCAGACCCACCGUGUGCAGGACUGAGACGUCAAAUCCAAUCACUGUGUCUUGUUUUUAUUUUGCAAAGAAGAAAACAGUUUGUACAUGUUGUCAUUUAUAUGUAAAUUAAUAGAUGUUAAUCAUUAGAAAACACAUUUAUAUAAUUGUAAAUUGUAUUUACUUCAUUGGAUUUGUAAUAGAUGUAAAUAAGAAGACAUCAAAUGACAACAUGACUAAGAAAAAUAAAAACUGUGCGUAAUUAU